AUGUGCUUCAACCGCCCUGACGGGACCUACACUGACCUGCGGCGGCGGGCGUCAGGCCAUCUGGUCGAAGGGAUGCCCUUCCACAGAUUCUACUUUGAUCUGGCCCAGGGCAGGAAGGAUGGCGGGGCAAGCCCAGUCAACACCACCAUGUCCUCGCCCAAGGUCACCCUCCUCGGCGGCGGCUCCGUGGGUAUUGUCGCCUACAUCCGCCUCAUCCAGAAAGUGGGCGAGGGGGGCAAGCCCAUGACCCUCGCGUUCGAGGAGACGCGAGUGUGGCACAAGGUCGAAGGCACGUGGAAGCACGUACACUUCCACCGCUCGGCCCCCAACACCCACAACUGA